AUGACUACCGACCAGGCAGCCGCAAACCAAAAGAAAGAUGAGAACGACAACGUACCGCCGGCGUCCGCUACGCAGGCCGUGCUGGUCGCCUCAGCACCCGUCCCCGAGGAUGCCCGCAAGGUCCGCGGCGUGGACUUCAACCAAUUCGCAGACCGCGACAUUACGGUUCCGGAAUUGGUCGCCAACAUGGCCAACAUGGGCUUCCAGGCCAGCGCUGUAGCGGACGCGGUGCGCAUCAUCAAUGAGAUGCGUGCCUUUCGAGACCCUGAAACUGGCGCCGGCACCACUAUCUUCUUAGGCUACACCUCGAAUCUGAUCUCAUCUGGUCUGCGCGAGACCCUACGCUACCUGGUUCAGCACCGCCACGUGUCCGCGAUCGUCACCACCGCCGGUGGCGUCGAGGAGGACCUCAUCAAGUGCCUGGCUCCUACAUACAUGGGAUCCUUCACCUCACCGGGUGCCGGGUUACGUGCCCAGGGCCUCAACCGCAUAGGGAACCUGUUCGUGCCCAACAGCAACUACUGCGCCUUUGAGGACUGGCUAUUGCCCAUCCUGGACAAAAUGCUAGAGGAACAGGAGGCCGCGAAGGAGAAGGCUCGACAAACGGGCGACCCAGACGACGAGCUGCACUGGACGCCGUCGCGCAUCAUCCACCGGCUCGGGAAGGAGAUCAACAACGAGGAUUCGGUCUGUUACUGGGCUGCGCGCAACAACAUCCCCAUCUUUUGCCCGGCCUUGACGGAUGGUUCGCUGGGAGAUAUGCUGUACUUCCACACCUACCGCUCUGCGCCGAAACGACUGCGCGUGGACAUCGUCGACGACGUGCGCCGCAUCAACACGAUGGCCGUGCGGGCUGCGCGGGCGGGCAUGAUCAUUCUGGGCGGCGGAGUCGUCAAGCACCACAUUGCAAACGCGUGUCUGAUGCGGAACGGAGCGGAGAGCGCGGUGUAUAUCAACACAGCACAGGAAUUUGACGGCAGUGACGCCGGCGCCCGGCCGGAUGAGGCGGUGAGCUGGGGGAAGAUCAAAGCGAGUGCGGAGAGUGUGAAGACAGACAGAAAUAAUGGAGAGUCUAUCCUUCCUGAUGCAUGGAAGAAGGAUAGGACCAACCGUAUAUGUACUGUACUAACAAACCAGAUUAGAAGCAGUCGAUAG